AUGCCGGGUAAUCCAGAUCCCCCCUGUUGUCACUUACCUGGGAUAGUGACUCCUUGUCGGAUCCAGUCUCUUAUUUCUGAGAAAGCACUUCACCACAAUAAUAUUCGAGCUCAGACAUCAUAUAGUCCUCAAUACGUUGAGAAGCAUGGUGCGGAGUCUUUCCUCUGCCCAGAUGCUGCUCAGUCGAUUAUAUACAGCUCGGGAACGAACUCCCUUACAGGCGACGGCUACACUAAUACCAGUGCAUUCUCAUCUUCAUUUGAAACGAGUGCAGCGGCUGGCGGUGCAUCUAUCGUCAAUGAUGGGUUCGGCAAACGUCUUCUAUACAACCCUCCUAACGCGGGAACUGAUUUAUUUAGCUCUUGGCCAUCGCUCGGUUCAGCUGCUGCAUCUACAACGAUCGCUAAUCAAACCGCACGCGGUGCUUUCGUUGCUGGCGCAGGGACAUCUAAAGCGAUUAUGGGUACUUGGAAUUAUAUGCUCAAGAUUAAGCUUGUUGACCUGCAUCCAAUUUUCAAAGAAUUAGAUCUCAUGGCUAACCCUCGAAUCCGUCUGCGCUUCCGUGUAAACCAAGGUGUUUCUUCGGUUGCUGUAGAUGCUACGAAGAGUAUUUCGUUAGCAUAUACUACUCUCUCGUCAGGUAAUAGAUGUCUGGUAAUGGUUGCUGCGUCCUCAACCAGUAAUUCAAUGGCUGGAGUUCUUGCUGCUUCAGCUCCGUUCAGUAUCGCAUGGGGAGCGGUUGUAACCUCGCUGGAGCCAACUAUUGAUGGGACUUAUAUGCCUUUUACAACGAGUCGCCUCUAUAAGGUUCGUUUCAACGAUUGCUAUGCUGAGCUUUUUUAUCAAUGCGCUUGCAUCGGUAAGCAGUCAACUCAACUUAAUGCAUCCUUCGACCUACAGAUAUCGGCUAGUGUUAAGAACACCAAAUACGUCAUUGUACUACCAUUUGCCGAUCAGACUAAUAGUCUCAACUCAGCGGCUGUCUCCAAAAUUAGCGCUAUAUAUUGUGGUCUGACUCCUGAGCUUGUAAAUGGCUUGCUUGAUUACCAGACGUGGUCGUUGACUAAUCGCGUCCUCAUUGCCGAUGUAGGCAGACUAUCGGAGCGUGAUGUCCCUCAGAGCAUCCAAAUCCAACGCGUUAACGCUGACUGUCAAGGCAUUAACAUGAUAUUCCACGUGAUCAGCGAACAGGAGCUGAGCUAUGAUCGUCUAACAGGAGAGGUUUUAGAAUUCACAACUGCUUAUUUAUAUUUAAUUAUACAUUUGAUUUAA